UGUGUUAGACAGUGCUCUAAAAAUGGUGAUGAGUUGAAAGCUGGUGAGGUAAAUUUUACUGGAAAUAUUGAGGAAGAUGCUGUUUCUGGAUUUUUAAAUAAAGAACUUUAGAAGUUUGGACUGGUUUUGCAACCUUUGACCCUGCUUUCAGGAAAAUGGCCUGAACAGGUAUGUGAAACUCUGUUGAAUUCUGUUUUCGCAGUAGGGAGUAAACAACUUCAAGGUUAUGGAGCUGUUUUUCACGAUUACUAUUGCUACAAUACAAAGUAUUGUUUUUGUUCUGAGAACCUGGCUGUGUUACUAUGAAGAUGAGUCGAGCUAAAAGCCAAAAGAACAGAAUAGAUGGAUUGUUUGGGAAUUUUCAUAAUGCAAACAUGGUCUUCAUAAGCUUAGUGGUGGUACUGUGUUUGGUAAACGUUAGGUUGGCACCUAUCCAGGGUGAAGUUUAUUCAGUAGUACAGCUAACAAGCAAGUUUGUGGCUGAUGACCCACUCACAAAUACUGAUGUGAACUGCACAUGCGCAGUAACCCGAAGCAUAUCUAAAAAGGCUGAUGAUGCAGUUAGCAAAGACAGGGAUUUAACUUAUGAGAAUUUGUCCGAGAUUUUUCUACCUUCCGUGUUACAUCAGGAUCUGGGUAGUGAGGAGGAUGAGAAAGGUUUGUCCUUGUCCAGGGAUGAAUUUACAGUGGAACAAAGUCGAGAUUCUGAAAUUGCUGCGAUAAAGGAGACAGCUCUCACAGAAGAAGAGGUUCAGAGAGAGUCAGUAGGAUAUUAUCUGAAGGAUGGGGUGUUACUGAGGAAGUGGAUAUCACCUACUGUGCCUGCAAGUGAGGACUGGGCCAUUGAACAUCAAGUUGUGGUCCCGAAAGUUUACAGAGCUGAGAAUUUAAACAUGGCUCAUGGUAUGCCUUUAGGUGGACGCUUUGGAGUGAGGAAGACAGUAAACAGGAUCAUGAAGGAAUUCUACUGGCCUAAUUUAAGAGAGGAUGUUGUGAACUUUUGCAAGACUGUGGUAAAAACCCUUAUAAAAUUUUUCACACUGGUAGGUCUACCUAAAGAAAUCCAAUCUGACCAGGGUAGUAACUUUACUUCGAAAACAAUCGAGGGGAUAGUUAAAGAGUUGAGAGCUAAGCACAUUGUGUCACCUUUGACCCUACUCAGAGAUCAAUGGUCAGAUCAGAAUGUGAGUAUGAGCAUGCUUAGUUAUGUUUUGGAACUCAAAGCUAGACUUAACAAGGCUUGUGACCUUGCGAAGCAGAAUUUACAGCACUCUCAGAUAAACAUGAAACAUGGGGGAGAAAGGGUCUUGGGGCUGUUCCCUCUGCUUACCAACCCCCUUCAAGUGAGAUUUAGUGGACCAUAUGAAAUAAUUACGAAAAUUGAUGUUUUGAAUUAUGUUAUUAGAGCUCCUGAUUGAUGGCAGAAGGCUGCACAGCUCGUCCACAUAAAUAUUAUGAAGGGUUAUCAUGACCCCGAACCUGCACCUGUGAGUACUGUUAUGACAAUGGAGGAGAUUGUGGAGUCUGGUACUGGAAUACCAUAUCAUUUUAAUGAACUCCAUGUCAUUUCCACAAGAUUCAGAAAUUCUGAUGUUUUGAAAAAUCUUGAUGGGAAGACUCAACAUUUGCAGUCAAGGCAGUGAAAUCAAGUGAAGAGUUUAAUUAACAAGUAUAAAGGUUUAUUCCCGGACAUUCCGAGGCUGUGCAUGGCUGUGGUGCAUGCUGUAGUUGUAGAUAAAGUUGAUCCCAUUAAGCAGCACCCUUAUAGAAUGAACCAAGACAAAAAUAAAAUGUUUAAACAAGAAAUUGGAUACAUGCUAACAGCCGGCAUAAUUAGGCCAGCUACCUCAGACUGAGCAUUGCCCUGCGUUAUUGUCCCUAAACCGGAUGGGGGUACGAGAUUCUGUACUGACUACAGGGAAGUUAAUGCAAUAACCAAGACAGAUGCUUAUCCCAUCCCAAGAGUGGAUGACUGUAUUGACAGAGUGGGGAAGGCUAAAUACCUUACAAAGAUUGACCUGUUGAAAGGAUACUGGUGUGUUCCUUUGACAGAAAGGGCUAAGAAAAUACCUGCAUUUGUGACACCAUCUGGAUUGUAUGAGUACAAUGUUUUACCCCUUGGGAUGAAAAAUGCUCCAGGGACAUUCCAAAGGAUGAUGAAUUCAGUUAUUCAAAGUUUAGAAAAUACAUAUAGAUGAUUUGGUUUUAUGGAAUGACACCUGGGAAGAGCAUAUCUCAGCAGUAGAGAAACUGUUUGAAAGGCUGUCCAAGGCAAACCUCACUGUAAACCUUGCUAAAAGUGAAUUUGGCCACGCCACUGUCACGUAUCUUGGCUAUGUAGUAGGCCAGGGGCAACUGGCACCUGUGCAGGCCAAGGUUCAGGCUAUUGCUGAGGUUCCUGUUCCAACGGGCAAGAAAGCAUUAAGAAGGUUUUUGGGAAUGGUUGGGUAUUACCGUAAGUUUUGUAAGAAAUUCGCAGACAUCGCUCUUCCCCUAACGAAACUCCUCGGGAAGAGUGAAAGAUUUGUGUGGAGUGACCUUUACCAGGAGGCAUUUGAACACCUGAAAACCAUCCUGUGUUAUCAUCCUGUGCUCAAGGCACCCGAUUUCAAUAAACCAUUUUCAAUCACAGUAGACGCUAGUGAUGAAGCAGCCGGGGCAGUAUUGUUGCAAAAGGAUGAUGAUAAAAUUGAACAUCCAGUAGCUUAUUUCUCAAAGAAAUUUAAUGUGCAUCGGAAAAAUUACGCCACUGUUGAAAAAGAGCUGCUAGCACUCAUUUUAGCAUUGCAAUACUUCGAUGUCUACAUCCUGCACAGAAACAACUUGUGGUUUACACGGAUCAUAAUCCAUUAGUGUUUCUGGGUAAAAUGAAGGAUAAGAAUAGAAGGUUGCUUAACUGGAGUCCGAUCUUGCAAGAGUAUGUCAUGGAAAUAAAACACGUGAAAGGUACUGACAACAUUAUAGCGGAUUGUUUGUCUAGAUGCUAAGUUUAAGUUUGUAAUGCUUUGCCAUGUUACCUGAGUAAUUACACAUGUAUUGCUUUAAGUUGUAUAAUCGAUAGUUAAGGCAAAAAUUUUGCUGUUUCAUCAAAAUUUUUCUUGAGAGAGGUGUGAUGAGAUCGGAAGGACUAUUCUAAAGUGGACUGUUCCUUUAAAAAGAGAGAGAGGGAGCGAACAGUGUGUGUGCUAUUUCAGAGAGAGAGAACAACAGAAAACCUGAGAGUUGCCUUGGAAACUGAAAGGCGGAGCUAUAUGAUGGACAGCUGGUGUUCCACAGUAGUGAGAUAUACACAAGGUCAGUCAACUUUUUAAUCAGACACACAAGACACACGAUGCCAAAAGCAAGUAGGACACUGGUGAGCUUUGUGUGCCCACGACAAGGGUGGGGUUUUGCUCACAGUGUGGACAAAGGGGUAACUGGUGGGGAGCUAUCGGUGUGUUUAACCCUGGUCUGGGUUGAUAGCUCACUGUGGAAGACUGGCAUUCCACUUCCUGUGGUCACAAGUGGUGACUUUAAAUAAGUUUCGGGAGCAAGGAGAAUGGCGUAGAGGAUCAGCAUCGGCAUUGGAAAACAAAUCAACUCUCUAACCCUCUCCUUCCAGCUCUACUCAAAUCAAAUUCCAGAAUUGAACUGAUCAUUUACCAUACCACCGUAAGACUGUAUCACCUAAUCACCUGAGCUGGGGACAUUUGGGAACCUUAUUUACUCACCUAGAUAUAUGCAUAUACAUUGCUAACCUGUUUACCUUAUCUUGUUUUAUAUUACAUUAUUCACGUAGUUACUAAUAAAAUAGAGUUUAUAAUGGAAGACUCAGAUGCCAGGUGUGUCCGUUUCUGCUGGUUCUUUUUAACCCGUUACAGGGUGCGUAACUGUGUGCAGUUUUGGUCACCUACCUACAGGAAAGAUGUAAACAAGUUUGAAAGUGGAAUGAGAAAGUUUACAAAGAUACUGCAGGGACUGGAGGACCUAAGUUAUCAGGAAAGGUUGGUAGGUUAAGACUUUAUUCCUUGGAAUGUAGAAGAUUGAGAGGAGAUUUGACAGAGGUAUACACAUUAUGAGGGGUAUAGAUAGGGUAAAUGCAAGCAGGCUUUUUCCACUGAGGUUGGGUGGGACUACAAUCAAGGGUCAUGGGUUAAGGAUAAAUGUGUAAAUUUUUAACAGGAACAUGUGGGGAAACUCAGAGAUUGGUGAACGUGUGGAAUGAGCUGCCAGCACAAGUGGUACAUGUGAGCUCGAUUUCAAUGGUUAAAGGAAGUUUGGGUAGGUAUAUGGAUGGUAGAGGUUUGGAGGGUAAUGGUCCUGGUGCAGGUUGAUGGGACUAGGCAAGGUAAAUGGUUUGGCGCAGACUAGAUGUGCCAUAAUUUUCUAUGACUGAAUUCUUUCAUCCCUGUGAACUGAAUUUUAUGUUCUCUUGUCAUUUAUGUCAAAUAGAAAUACUUUGAAAAGGAAUGAUUUACUGAGUGCUUCAUUGGGGUCCAUUGCUCCGCUGUCACUCUCCUGCAUUUCUGCUUUCUCCUCUGUGACAUCCUGCAAGCAAUGCACAAGAGAGAUCUUUCAGUGCCUGUGGUGAACUACAUAUACCUGUCUGGACACCUCCCGCUCCUCCCACAGACCCCGGUAUAAAGGCGAUUGGAGGCACUGCGCCCCCCUCAGUCUCCGAGAGUUAUUGAUGGUGCAUCAGUGCCAUACCAAAAUAUCCCUCAAUCAAUGUCAGCCUCCCAAAUGACACAGAAUCAAGGACAUUCUGUACACAACUUUCUGGUAGAGAUUCCAAAACGUCACAGCCAUCACAGGGAAGAAAUUCCUCAGCUCCUUCUUGAAAUGGAUGCCCCUAGUUUUAGACUCCUUUACAAAGGGGAAGCAUCACUGCCUUUCCUGUCCAUCGCUCUGAAAUUCACUAUAUCACCAAAGCCGAUAGCAAAUUUCUACAGAUCUGUCAUGGAGAGCAUUCUAAUCGGUUGCAUCACCAUAUGGUAUGGAGGGGCCACUGCAGAAGAUCGGGAGAAGCUGCAGGAAGUUGCAGACUUGACCAGCUCCAUCACGGGCACUAGCCUCCCCAGCAUCGAGGACAUCUUCAAAAGGCAGUGUCCAUCAUUAAGGAUUUCCAUCACACAGGAUGCGCCCUCUUCUCAUUGCUACAUUUAGGGAGGAGAUACAGGAGCCUGAGGACACACACCUGAGUGUUUUAGAAACAUUUUCUUUCCCUUCCCCAUCAAAUUUCUGAAUGGACAAUAAAUCCAUCAACAUAUUUUAUGCUCUCUUUUUGCACUACUCAUUUGAUCGAAUUUGUAUACAUAUAUUUCUUUUUGUCAUUUGUAGUGUUUUAUGUAUUGCAAUGUACUGCUACAGUGAAACAACAAAUUUCACAACAUAUGCCAGUGAUAUUAAACCUAAC